CGUGUCUUCCUCAGCAUAGCUUGCAGCAGAGCUGAAAAACGUCACUGUUUUCAGCAAAGUCAGAUGUCAAUGUUUGUUUUGUCUGUGCAUGCUGCCUUUAAGAUUUGGAAUGAUAACUGAUCACACACGGAGGAUUUUACAGUUUAAACGACUGUCUUGGCCUAAAUGGCGUCAAUGGAGAGAAGCCAUGAUAUUUGCAGCCCGUUCAAUCCAAGGCGCAACACUUUGAGGAAAACAAGUGCAGAAAUUGUCAGUGAAGCCAGACAGUCCCUGCGAGUCCAGUCCACCCAGCGACCAUUUACUCCCAGAGAUGGACACAGGCAACUUUUUGGAAAGAGCUCUGUUCGUGCAGAUCAUGACAACAGGCCUCCAUCGACUUUUAGUCUUCAUGCUCAAAAUUUUGAUGCCCCUGACUCCAGACCAGGUUCAGGGACUCGACUGUCUCCUCUGGACCAUAAGCCAAAGUUUCCAGUCCCCUGCGAUGCUGAGGAUCCAUUCAAGGCCUUUCCCAAACCCCCCACAGACCCACUGGAAGUGAAGAGGGGCUUGGCAGUGGCACGGGCACGCCUUCUUAGGGCUGGAUCUCUCACAACGUUGCCUCCUGUUGAGGGACACACAGAUGUGAAAGAGAGAUUGAAUCCAUGCCCUGGACAAAUGCAGCCGUCAACCAAACGAUUCCCUAGUACAGACCACACCGCAGUCCUCAGUGGUCCCCACAAACCUGGCCCACGCAGAACAGCAAGUGAAAGUAGAAUAACGCAGCCAGGUGAUGACUCAGGAGUUAGACCCACCGAGUGCAGAACAGGACGGAAAACAGAGUUGGGGAAUGGAGACAACACCACAAGCAAAGAGGAGGAUGCAGAGUCAUUGGUGUGGAAUAAUAUGAUUGCUCCUCUUCUCCAACAGCUAGAGAGUGUGGCUGCAGGCAGCUCUGAGGGAUCUGUGGACCGUCUGUGUGAUUUGUGUGACGGUCUCCAUGGCACCUUGGCAGAAGCAGACAUGCUCGGCCGACAGUGUAAGAGGAGGUCAGGGAUUCUUCGAACAUUGUUCCGCCUCAUCGACCUCAACUCUGCCCAGCUCAACCUGCACAUUGCCAAGCUCUGCCUUGCUCUGUGUGUCAGUGGAAACAACCUGCUCAACAUCUGUAAGCUCGUCUUCCAGAUCAGCCGCAGUGACAGCAACGACAUCCUCUUCCAGAACAACUCUAUCAUAGACUCAUUUCUGGGCAUUUUGAGCAAUGAGGAUGUGUCUACAUCUGGAGAAGCUCUGCUGUACUGUGUUGGCACUGUGAAAUUUCUCUCAGGAAACAGUGUAAUCCUCAGACUUCUGUUGGACAAGAACUGCAUUGGUGCGUCUCAGAAACUCAUCCAGAGGCUCUGCAAAGCAGAAGACACCAACUUCACCAUAGCAGGGCACAUCCUUGUUCAGCUGACAGCAACCCUGAGGAACCUAGCAGAUCACCCUGAUUCCCGUCCACUCUUCAUCACUUUCUCUAUACUGUCAGAGCUCUGUCUGGUGCUCCGUCUACACAGCAAAGACCAGGACAUCUGCACCAACAUUUCCAGAAUAUACAGUAAACUCUCAUCUUACUCUGAGUGCCGCCUCGCUCUGGCCCAGACCCCCGACUGCUACCAACUAUUUUUAGAACUGCUGAGCAAACAUCACCAAAAACAGGACCUUGUUGUGCGCCUUCUUUUCACCCUCGGGAAUCUCACAGCCAAAAGUGAUGAGGCUCGGCAGCAGCUCUUCCAGUGCAAGGGCUGCAUGGACACACUCCUGCAGCUAUACGACAGCUACCAGCGCAGAGACGUCUCGCCCGCACAGAAAGGUCCCCCUUCCUCCAGCAAGCGUUCUGCACCUCCACUGAAUGUGCAGGAGGACGAGGAUGUGCUGGUGAAGCUGGUCAGGGUGCUGGCGAACAUGUGCAUCCACCCGGCUGUAGGUCCAGCUCUGGUUACCAACACAAGCUGCAUUCAGCUGCUCAUGGAGACAAUCGAGCUGAGGUCUGUGCAGGAUAGCGAGGAGCUUUUGGUGAAUGUGGCCGCCACCAUCAACAACCUGUCCUUCUACCAGGAAGAAAGCUCUAUACUUACAUGCAGUCAGCUCAACAUCGCAAAGUUGAUGCUGAAGUUGGUGCUCAGCUCCAGUAUGGACGCCAUGCUUGAGGCCACCCGUGUGUAUGGAAAUUUGUCUCAGUCCAAGGAUGUACGGGACUUUAUUAUGCAAAACAAAGUGCACCAGUUUUUAGUGACGCUGCUGGACUCACAAAGCACAGAGAUGUGUUUUUCAGCCUGCGGGGUCCUCACCAACCUGGCUCUGGACCCCCCCAACAGGGUCAGUCUCUCACUAGAGGGGGCUGCUGCCAAGCUCGUGGACUGUUUGAAAGACUUUGGACCAGGUGAUUGGCAGUUGGCGGGCCAGGUCUGUCAGGCGCUGUGGAACAUGAUUGGCGGCGGCUCUGAGAAACUGCUGGACACACAGGAGGGAGAGUCACUGUUGGAGAUCCUCACUACAUACUUAGACAAAGAAGAGGCUUUGAAGUGGAUAGAAGAUGAAGAUAUGAGGGACUUCCACAGGGCAUGCUGGGAGUUAGAGUUCCUCCCUGUAGCUCAAAAACUGAUGAAGAUGCUCCAGCCUCCAGACCGUACAGCUUGACAAACUGGGACAUGAAGUUAAGAGUUUCAUGUUGUGAUAGAAACCUUAGAUUUUUUAUUUUUUUAAUAUUUAACCCAGAGUCCAUAAUAUAACUAUUAAACGCUUACAGGUGGCUGUGAA